AUGAGGAAGACGUGCCAGGUGUGCAAGCAGAAGCUGUACCAGUACGUGUGUCCCUCCUGCGAAAUCGUCUACUGCAGUCUCGAAUGUUACAAAAAGCACAAUGAUGAGUGCGUGCACAAUUUCCUGGACAACCAAGUGAAAGAGAAUAUAAAGAAUAAUCAGCUGACCGAUUUAGACAAACGCGAGUUCAAGUUCAAGCUCAGGAAAUUUUAUGAACAAGGCGGCGAAGGCGCAGAACAGGAAGGGGAAGACGAAGACGAUGAGGAAGUCGCUGAUGGGGAAGAAGCGGGAAUCGGUGAUGAAGAAGAAGAUGCUAAGACAGAAGCGGGAAUCCCUGAUGAGGACGUCGCUGAUGAGAAAGUUGCUGACGAGGAAAUCGCUGACGAAGCAGGGUCGGAUGCGCCUGCCGCCUCACCGGGUCAUGGACACCUGAAGAAAUGGUGCAUUAGCAACAAACGGUACAAGGUGCUGACGGAGCUGGCCAAGAGCGACCAGCUCAAGUUGGACCACCUGACGCAAACAGAGCAGAAGCAGUUCUUCUCAUUUCUAAAGAGUAACGACAUGAAUGCAUACUUGGAAAAAUUCCAACCCUGGUGGCUAAACUGUGUCAUUAAAAAGGUCCCAACACCUGAACACAUUUGCUGCAACAAGCGUGUAAGUGAAAAUGUCAAGUUCAUGAUAAUCGAGAUGGUCUACUCCUACUGCUAUUUGUUACGCAUUUUUAAUGAAAGCCUUGAUGGUAAGGAGUUGUGUUACUGUUUGCUUUACAUGGCUAGCUCCCUGAACAGAUUUAAUCUGCCCGAAAGCAACGUGUACAACACAGUGAAUAAUUUAUUUCAGAGGAUCCUCGAAAAUGAUGAAAUCGCUCGAGAAAAAGGUAUACUGUACAAUGUCAUCACCGAUGUUACAAUUAUUCUCAAGCUAAAAGAUCUGUUACUUAGGUGUUUGUAUGAAACAAAAAAGUUUUUUAAAAAGCAAAUAAAAAAAAUGAAUUGCAAAAAGGAUAAAAUGGAUAGUAGUGUCAGUGGCACUAAAAAAAUGGCUGCACUAUUACAGGAAGAAAAACAUUUUAAAUAUGUGAAUAAGAAAAUUACCUUUCUUUGUAGCUACGCCAACUACCACUAUGAUGUGUUUGACUCCGUGACAAAACAACUUGAGCGAUUCUACAGUGAGCAGAGCAGGGGGAUGGCCCUUGCGUCUAAUGAGAAACGAGAAAUUGUACUCUCUAAGGAGAUGCCGUAA